AUGACAACACCAACGCUUAUUAACCUUCCCCCUCCCCCGUCGGACCCCCUCACUCCCUCCGACAUGGGGCCAAGCACUCCCAACUCUGGAACAACCUCUCUCUCUGCAUUGUCCACCGUGGCCAUCAAGGACGGCCACCAGGGAGCUCGACGACCCCACACCCACCGCCCACAUCGUUCCUCCUCCAACGCAUCCGAAACUUCCACCACAACCCUUGAUGCAGAACGCGCAGACCGUAUCUCGCGACUCGCCGGACUUGAACGCCUCUCUGCCCGCCCGGCAGGUACCAGUGGUAACCCCCACUCACUCUAUUAUAGCGGACCCUACCAUGGCCAAGAGUACUUUGACUCGCAUCCUCAUAUGCUCAAGGAGCGAAGUACGGUUGGUAGUGCCAGUGCAACUGAGAGUGUGAGUCGGGGAAGCCUAGGUGGACGCACUCGGACGACAUGGGCUAGUGGAAGUGAUGACGUUUACGGUCAUGAUGAGCCAAUAGUCGGCGAGGACGUUGAUGCAGACGAUGCGGAUGCGCGCUCCACAGACGCCUUUAGCGAUGAAGGGAAUGCCAGCCUCGUUGGCUUUGGGGAGGGAGCAAACAGUACCGUCUCUGGGCCGAUAUCUACCGCCGUUCAACGCGUAGCUGCUGCAGGCUUAAGUAGGCAGUCCUCGUCCAUGACGGGUGUCAGUACUACAGCUGUCGCAGGCUCUCCUACCUCGAGUCGCUUCUCGCAUCCAAUCACAUACCAGCAUCAAUCUCAACAGCAGCCGCAGUCACCUGCUGGCUCAAAUACACCAGGGCCACGCGCUUCUGGUGUCGAUGCGCAGAUGCUAGAUGGCAUGACGUAUGAUGAAGAUGUGGUAGAUACUACGGCUCGGUCGCCGUUACCUGUCAAUAAGAACGACGACGGUCAAUGA